UUGGCAAGUUGCUUACUUUGCCCUACUACCACCAUCUCUCUAAUCGUUUGUGUCCUGGCUCUUGAACACAAUGGAUAUUACUGCUAUAGCAAAGAAUUUCACCGAGUUCUACUACUCACAGUUUGCACUAGGCCGGUUGAACCUGGCCCCUUUGUAUCGGCCGCACUCCAUGAUGACAUGGGAGGGCAAACAGUUCCAGGGUGGAGAUAACAUCGUACAGCAUCUGGCCGAACUGCCUUUUGAAAAGGUUGCCCACAAGAUCAGCACAUUUGACGCGCAGCCGUCAUCCCUCGACAUGAGUACUCUCUUGAUUAGCGUGACAGGGCUACUAAGGGUGGACGGAGACCAAGAGUUGCAAUUCUCCCAGGUAUUUGUGCUGGCAAAGGAGGGCGAAUCAUUCUACGUGCUGAAUGACAUGUUCCGGCUCAACCUCGGCUGA